UAAACAGGAAAUAAAACUAUCAGCACACAGAGGUUUAGUCUCAGAUUCAGCUGAAAGUCGUGUCAGUGUGGAUAAUGAGACCGUGUGAGAUCAGCCAGAUCCAACUGAACUGAAGAAAGAGCAGACAGGCACUCAUCCUGGCCACUGCAGAAGCUCAUAUGAACAUCCCGGUCGAUCUGAGGACAUUACGAGCCGUUCGAGUUCUGCGGCCCCUCAAACUGGUGUCUGGAAUUCCAAGUCUGCAGAUUGUUUUGAAGUCCAUCAUGAAGGCGAUGAUUCCUCUGCUGCAGAUCGGCUUGUUGUUAUUUUUUGCCAUCUUAAUGUUCGCCAUCAUUGGCCUGGAGUUCUACAGCGGCCGCCUACACAAGACCUGCAUCCCUGAUCCUGAUAUACUGGACAACGAGACGCUUCCGGACUGGGAGGCGGAGUUUCCCUGUGGAGAUCGUCGCUGUCCUCAUAAAUACAGCUGUAGCGGCCCGUGGAUCGGCCCCAACGACGGAAUCACACAGUUUGAUAACAUCCUGUUCGCCGUCCUCACCGUCUUCCAGUGUAUCACCAUGGAGGGCUGGACAACCGUCCUGUACAACGCCAAUGAUGCCUUAGGUCCCACAUGGAACUGGUUGUACUUCAUCCCCCUCAUCAUCAUCGGCUCCUUCUUUGUGCUCAACCUGGUGCUUGGAGUUCUGUCUGGAGAGUUUGCUAAGGAAAGAGAACGUGUGGAGAACAGGAGAGCUUUUAUGAAGCUCAGACGUCAGCAGCAGAUCGAAAGAGAACUGAAUGGAUAUCGUGCUUGGAUUGAUAGAGCAGAGGAAGUGAUGCUGGCAGAGGAAAAUAAGAACUCAGGUCCUUCAGCCCUGGAUGUGUUAAAGAGAGCAACCACCAUCAAGAGGAGGGGCGUGGACACCAUUCACCACUGUCCUGAGGAGCAGAGUGUGGACAUCACUUCUGUUGGUGGGCCGUUGAACCGGGCGAGUAUCCGCAGUGUUAAGCGAGGACCAACGGCGUAUUUCCGGAGGAAAGAGAGGAUGCUGCGGAUCUCGGUCCGGCGCAUGGUGAAGACACACACCUUCUACUGGACCGUACUGGGCCUCGUAGCAUUAAACACCAUCUGUGUGGCCAUCGUUCAUCAUAACCAGCCCCAGUGGCUCUCCAACCUCCUCUAUUAUGCAGAGUUUCUGUUCCUGGGUCUGUUUCUGAUGGAGAUGUUCCUGAAGAUGUACGGUCUCGGACCUCGACUUUACUUUCACUCCUCCUUCAACUGCUUUGACUUUGGAGUGAUUGUUGGUAGUAUCUUUGAGGUGAUCUGGAGUUUCAUCAGACCGGGGAUGAGUUUGGGGAUCAGUGUCCUGCGAGCGCUUCGACUGCUGAGGAUCUUCAAAAUCACCAAGUAUUGGGCGUCUCUGAGGAACCUGGUGGUGUCUUUGAUGAACUCCAUGAAGUCCAUCAUCAGUUUGCUCUUCCUCCUCUUCCUCUUCAUCGUGGUUUUUGCUCUGCUGGGAAUGCAGCUCUUUGGGGGAAGGUUCAUCUUUGAAGAAUACACUCCUACUAACUUUGAUACGUUUCCGGCUGCCAUAAUGACCGUGUUUCAGAUCCUUACUGGAGAAGACUGGAAUGAAGUGAUGUAUAACGGGAUUCGCUCUCAGGGCGGAGUUAAGUCUGGAAUGUGGUCUUCCAUUUACUUCAUCGUCCUCACUUUGUUUGGAAACUACACGCUUCUGAACGUCUUCUUGGCCAUCGCCGUGGACAAUUUAGCCAAUGCUCAAGAGCUCACCAAGGAUGAAGAGGAAGAAGAGGCAGCGUUUAAUCAGAAACACGCUCUACAGAAGGCGAAAGAGGUCGGCCCGAUGUCGUCCUUCAUGUCGUCAGAGCGGAGGGGUCGGCCGUAUCUGUACAGGAAGCGUGUGCUGAUCCAUCGCGGCCGCGCCGCUUUCUCUCUGGAGGAGUCGGAAAUUUUCGGCGACGCUCCUCCACUCAAUCCUUCUCGCUCUUUCAUGUCCAGGAGAGAAAGACGCCGGCGUAUGACCAUGUCCGUGUGGGAGCAGAGGACCAGUCAGCUCCGCCGCCAUCGCCAAACGUCCGGCCGAGAAAUCCUCUACGGCUCGUCCGUGUGCCACCAUCGGAGACUUGCGAACUCCACCGAAAUCCCACCCUCCCCAGAGAUCAGCUCUGCUCUUAACCCUCUGGAGUCUCUGGAGCCAUCCAUGGAUGAGCAGAACGUCUCCAUCCCAAUUUCCGAAUCCGAGUACGGAAACACCACACACACACAGUCCCACACACACACACAGAUCAACACCACUCUGCUGGACCCUCUAGACCCGGCACAAGAAGAGCAGAACUUUGAUAAUGUCCAGUUACCCGGAAACGGUUCUGAGGAAUUUCAUGAUAAAAACCACCUGAGUGUCCGGAGGCCAAACGGCGAGCAGAGACAACGAUGGAAACGUAAAUAUAGCAAAAACGUCAAACACAGAACCGCAGAAACACACCAUGAACGCCACGACAAGACGAACGCGGACGAGCGAAGCCGCUCCACCAGCCGAGAGCGGAGGACGAGAAACGGAGACGAGGAAGAGCAGGAGAAGAGUAACAAUGAUGGAGGUGUCCAUCAGGAUGAAAGGACACCCGAGGACAGAGAUCUGACUGUAGACCCAGAACCAGCCACACUACAGAUCAGCGACACCACACUGGAGUCUGUAGUCACCUGUAAAGACACAACUGAGGGACAAAACAACAACAACCAGGACAAAAUGUCCCUCAGCACCAACGUAGUGACGGAAGACACGGACACUACAGCAGGGCUGGAGCUCUGCACCAUCACAACAAACAAUAAAGAUCUGGAGGCUUCGAAAGACGAGGAAGCAGCGAAUGUGUCGAGAGCUCCAGCAGUCAGCAUGUUCAUCUUUAAACCACACAACCUGAUCCGCAGGGCGUGUCAUUAUGUCGUUAAUCUGCGUUAUUUUGAGAUGUGCAUCCUGUUGGUCAUCGCUGCAAGCAGCAUCGCUCUGGCGGCUGAAGAUCCAGUGGCUACAAACUCAGACUGGAAUAAAGUGCUGCGUUACUUUGAUUAUGUUUUCACUGGAGUUUUCACCUUUGAGAUGAUCAUUAAGAUGAUCGAGCAGGGUCUGAUCCUUCAUGACGGCUCAUACUUCCGUGAUCUGUGGAAUAUUCUGGAUUUCAUCGUGGUGGUUGGAGCGCUGGUGGCAUUUGCUCUCACGAAUUUACUGGGGAAUACUAAAGGGAGAGACAUUAAAACCAUCAAGUCUCUGCGAGUGCUGCGAGUUCUCCGGCCUCUGAAGACCAUUAAGCGACUUCCUAAACUAAAGGCGGUGUUUGAUUGUGUGGUCACGUCUCUGAAGAACGUCUUUAACAUCCUCAUCGUCUAUAAGCUCUUCAUGUUCAUCUUCGCCGUCAUCGCUGUGCAGCUCUUCAAGGGGAAGUUCUUCUACUGCACUGACGGCUCCAAGGACACAGAGAAAGACUGUCAGGGUUACUACAUUGACUACAACAAAGAUAAGAAGGAGGUGAAGAGGCGUGAGUGGAGGAGACACGAGUUUCACUAUGAUAAUGUCAUCUGGGCGUUACUCACACUGUUCACCGUCUCUACAGGAGAAGGCUGGCCUCAAGUUCUCCAGCACUCGGUGGACGUGACGGAUGAAGAUCAGGGUCCAAGUCGAGGGAAUCGGAUGGAAAUGUCGAUCUUCUACGUCAUUUAUUUUGUGGUUUUCCCGUUCUUCUUCGUCAACAUCUUUGUUGCUCUCAUCAUCAUCACCUUCCAGGAGCAAGGAGACAAGAUGAUGGAGGAGUGCAGCCUGGAGAAGAACGAGAGGGCAUGUAUUGACUUUGCAAUCAGCGCUAAGCCGCUAACACGCUACAUGCCUCAGAACCGUCACACAAUCCAAUAUCGACUGUGGCACUUUGUGGUGUCGCCUUCGUUUGAGUACACGGUGCUGACCAUGAUCACACUCAACACCAUCGUCCUCAUGAUGAAGUAUUAUUCAGCUCCUCCUGUAUACGACGCUGUGCUGAAACACCUCAACACUGCCUUCACCUUGCUCUUCUCUAUUGAGUGUGUUCUCAAAAUCUUGGCCUUUGGUUUUAUGAAUUAUUUCAGAGACACCUGGAAUAUAUUUGAUUUCAUCACCGUGUUGGGGAGCAUCACAGAGAUCAUUGUUGACCAGCAGUCAGCUUCCUUUAACAUGAGCUUCCUGAAGCUGUUCCGAGCGGCUCGGCUCAUUAAGCUGCUCAGGCAGGGAUACACCAUCCGCAUCCUGCUCUGGACCUUUGUCCAGUCCUUCAAGGCUCUGCCUUAUGUGUGUUUACUCAUCGCCAUGCUUUUCUUUAUCUACGCCAUUAUCGGCAUGCAGGUAUUCGGGAACAUCAAACUGAUAGAGGAAACUCACAUCAACCAACACAACAACUUCAAAACCUUCUUUGGUGCCUUGAUGUUGCUCUUCAGGAGUGCGACAGGCGAGUCGUGGCAGGAAAUCAUGUUGUCGUGUUUAGGAGGUCAGAAGUGUGAAGCUGAUCUGACUCGCACUCUACCGUCUGAUCCUGAUGGAGGAUGUGGCACUGACUUCGCUUACUUCUACUUCGUCUCCUUCAUCUUCUUCAGCUCCUUUCUGAUGUUGAAUCUGUUUGUUGCAGUGAUUAUGGAUAAUUUUGAGUAUUUGACACGUGACUCCUCUAUUCUCGGUCCUCAUCACCUGGACGAGUUUGUGAGGAUGUGGGGACAAUAUGACCGAGCCGCCUGCGGCAGGAUUCACUAUAAGGACAUGUACAAAGUAGUGCGCAAUAUACCGCCCCCUCUGGGUUUUGGGAAGAAUUGCCCCUACAGGGUGGCAUGCAAGAGGCUGGUGCUAAUGAACAUGCCGGUGGACACAGAGAUGACGGUCCACUUUACGUCCACUCUGAUGGCUCUGAUACGCACUGCACUGGAGAUCAAGAUCGCACGAGGUGGAGAAGACCGUGGACAGAUGGACAUUGAGCUUCAGAAAGAGAUCAGUGUCAUUUGGCCGCAUCUUUCCCAGAAGACACUGGACCUGCUUGUGCCCAUUCAUAAAGCCAGCGACAUGACAAUUGGAAAAAUCUACGCUGCCAUGAUGAUCAUGGAUUAUUACAAACAGAACAAAGCUAAAAAACUCAGACAGCAGCUGGAAGAACAAAAACACGCCCCGAUGUUCCAGCGAAUGGAUGCCUCGUCUUUACCACAGGAAAUUCUGUGCAGUGCCAAAGCUCUACCGUUCCUCACACACAGCGCAGGAAACGCUCUGACGAGAGGAGGCUUCGUGGCACUGAGUCCCAUUUCACCUCAGGAACUCUUCAUCCAGCCAAUCACAGCAAAGCAAGAGGAGGAAGAGGAAGAUGAGGGGUACACACCCCACUACAGACCCCAACACUCCCCCAGCACGGGGAACCCAGAGAACAAAGAGAUGAAGCGCUCGUUCUCCACCAUCGGAGAUCAGUGUGUGAAUGGAGUUUGGCAGGAGGAGUUCUCACUGGAGAGAGUGAGUCCUGACCGACUGGAGAGACCACGACAGCGCAGCUUCAGAGGUGUCAGGUCGAACCUCAGAGAGCCGUUAUGUAAGGAGAGAGGACGCUCAAAGGAGAGGAAACACCUGCUGUCACCUGAUCCAUCACGCUGCAACUCUGAGGAGAGAAACCAACCAAGAACACACAACACACAACAAACACACACACGAUCACCAAGCGAGGGGAGAACACACACACAGGACGAUGCUUCAGAAAGUCCACUCCCCACCUCUUCAGACUCCAGGGGGCGGCGCCAACUUCCUCAGACUCCUUCCAGGCCCCGCCCACACAUCUCCUAUUCGCCUCUGGUGUGUCGCAGUCAGCUGACCACAGAGGACGGCCAAUCACGGACCCAGUCUGCUACAGAGGAUGUGGGGUCUGUGUUAAGCCCCGCCUCCCCUCAGAGAUACACCUCAGAGCCAUACCUGCCACUGCAUGAUAAUCCCAACAGUCCAGAGGAGAUGCUUACAUUUGAGGCUGCCAUAGCAACCAGUCAAGGGCGUGGUCAUGUCGUAAGCUCUGCCCCUCAGUUGCGUCACACAUGGCAGAUGCCUAAUGGCCAUUUCCGGAAAGGCUGCGAGCUCCUCAGUGACACGGACGAGGAUGACCGCUGCUAGAGACAGUGGAGCGGAUGUGGGCGGAGCCUUGCUACGAGCCAAUCACGUCUGGACAUUUCUUAUCGGCGAUUUGUCCGGGACAUUUCAGAAGUGCACUGCCAAAACCGUAAGAAGGGACGACGUCGUUUGUCUUAUCUUACCAAAAUAACAAGAGUGGAGCUUAAGUUACAUUUUAUUUAGCCAGUCACUAACUUACUUCCCCGUGUGACAUCACCACAGGAGUUUAGCUGCUAACUAAACCGCUAGCCUGCUAGGUAAGUUUAACUAGCGACACUAAGCUCUUACCUAAUGUAAAAUAACUACAGGGAGGAAUAAUAACAUUAACUAGCUAAUUAACAUGAUGUCACAUGAUCAUCUGCUCCUCGCUGAUGAAAUGAAGCUUAAGCUUUACACUCGCUGACCUAGAAAAGCCUCUCAGAUGCAGAGCUGUAGAAAGAAAUCAAACAGAUAGAAAAAAGGAACAAUUAAAAAAGUACGAAACUGAUGAAAGAAAGAAAGAAAGAAAGAAAGAAAGAAAGAAAGAAAGAAAGAAAGAAAGAAAGAAAGGAGAUGAUCAGUAGGACGAGGUGGUGUUUGAUUGGUUAUCUGAAGGAGAAGGUUGAUGGCUUCAGUGUGUUCAGCUGUAAUCAGAACAGAAAAGACAGGAAGUGUUGUGGAGGUUUUUUUUUUUUCACUUCAGCAUGACGACGUUCUCCUGCUGGAGCUCCGAUAUGGAACUGGAGGAGAAAAGGACGAGAAACUUCUGAUGUUCCUCCUGAAGCUGUUUGAUCAUAAACUCACUCAGGCUCUCGAACUCCUCAGACAUCUAAUCAGCUCCAGUGGAUUGAGUGUGUGUGUGUAUGUGUGUGUGUUUGUUGACAGAGUGUGUGUUUGUGCAUGUUGAGUAUGUGUAUAUGCUGUGUGCAUGUGUACUGUGUGUGUGUGUGUGUGUGUGUGUGUGUGUGCACAGUGUUUACCUGCUCUGUAUGCUGCAGUGUAUAAAUUCUUGUGUUUCUGAUGAUGGGAGUCUCAGUGACUUUGUUUACCUGCAGAAAUUCUCUUCAGCCCAAAGCGUCUGAUUGGUCGGUUGCUGUUGAGAGUGAUGACAUCAUAAGCUGCCGAGUAGAAUCCAAAUUCUGUUUCAGUAAUAAUAACGAACACAGAGCUACGUGCGUUACGUGUUUACAGAGUGUUUCCGUCACACCGGUGAUGAGCCGUUUCCAUGGAAACGCAAACUCCGCUUUGAUCGGACGAACUACACGCUAAUAUACAGUAUAUUACGAUCUGUCAGAAUAUCCCUCUUCUGAUUGGACGGGAUUUUUGUUCCAGGUUAUCGUCUCUCUGGUCGCAGGUUUCCAGUGUAAUAUCCUUCUGAGUGUAACCGUAGCGACCGACACGUGAUCGGAGCGUUUCGAUACAAACCCCUUUAACUGGAGACGUGAUUUUGGCGAACCGUCUCAGCCGUGGAUCACGACAGAGCGAGGAUUUCGGUUACGCACUGAACAGCCAUGAUCUAACGUUCUUAUGUAAAUAAUCUCGUGUUUUAUUCAGGUGUGUUUAUCUUUCUGCGAUGUUACCAUAACAUUUCCGUGGUUAUUUGCGUAUGUUCUGAUUUUGCCGAGUGAUCUUCGUUACGCUUUAAACUGAUAGCGCUAACGUCGAUGUUAGCUAAGCUAGCUCAGUUAAUACCGCUAAGUUAUAAUAACUGGCUAUUGAAAGCCCAUGAUUUAUGCUAAGAAUGUCAUCAUCAUACAGAAGAACAAAAUGGGGCACGGUGGCUUAGCGGUUAGCACGUUCACCUCACACCUCCAGGGUUGGGGGUUCGAUUCCCACCUCCGCCUUGUGUGUGUGGAGUUUGCAUAUUCUACCCGUGCCUCGUUUGGCACGUAAUUGUCCGUAGAGUGUGUGUGUGUGUGUGUGUGUGUGUGUGUGUGUGUGUGUGUGUGUGUGUGUGUGUGUGUGUGUGUGAAUGAGAGUGUGAGUGUGAGUGAAUGAGAGUGUGUGUGUGCCCUGUGAUGGGUUGGCACUCCGUCCAGGGUGUAUCCUGCCUCGAUGCCCGAUGACGCCUGAGAUAGGCACAGGCUCCCCGUGACCCGAGAAGUUCGGAUAAGCGGUAGGGAAUGAAUGAGUGAGUGAUUCAGUUUGUCUCAAGCUCCGCCCCUUGUUGACAUGUGACAUCACACAUCACUCGGCUAAGUCAGGACGUGUGUUAGCGUGUAUUAACACAGAGACAGUGAGGAAUCAGCUGUGUUAAUGUGAGACGAGCUGCAUGUUUACAUGAAGAAAGAAAGAAAUAAAGAAGGAAAGUGAAGUCAAGUGGAUUACAGCGUGAUGAUGUUUAUUCAGCAGGAUCAGAUUGGACAUGGUUGGAUUUGAUUGGUUUGGAGUCGAGGUGUGUGGACGGUGUCCUGUGUUGGACAGAAUCUGAGGCUCGGAGCUCAGACGCAGCUGGACGUUUUGACCAACACUGAAAUCCUUCUGUUGGUUUUUGUGUAAAGAAGCUUAUUUCAGACUGAGAGUGAAACUGGCCAUAGGCGAGGAUGUGUAGAUAAGUGUGUUUAAAGUGUGUGUGUGUGUGUGUGUGUGUGUGUGUGUGUGUGUGUGUGUGUGUGUGUGUGUGUGUGUGUAAAUAAGCAGCGCUGAGAGCUGAAGUUCGUACACAGCCUUUAUUUCACUCUGUUCUGUUUUGUACUUAAAAUCCAUCCAAUAAUUAUUGUGUUUAAUAAAAACAAUAAAUCAGAAA